AACUCUUCUUUGGUUUUCUGUUGUCGAAAGUUCUCUGUAAACGUAGUUCCUCGUCUCAGGUGGUUGAUUAGGCAUAUCUUCCAUUUCAUAUUUCAAGGCUAUCUUUGCUUUUUGUACAGGGUCGGUGUCGGAAUGUUACUUCGAGGGCUUAUCCUGUUGAUUCUUACUGGAACCAGACGUGGCCGUUAUCUACCGGGCAGUGUGUGCGAUACGUGGAGAGAUGGCACCCAACAAGGCCUAGACGCAAGUUGAGCUAACACUUCAUUCUCUCGUCACUCUCCUGCGAAGGUUCUGAGGCCAUGGCGAUUAAUAAGAUCAGUUACAACACAGUACGAAGAAAACAACCGUCUUUCGUUUUGGACAUUCAUCGAGCUGCACGUCAGUUUCAUAAUCAUUAGAUCGAUUCUCCACUGGAGUAUAACGCCCAUGUGUGGUCUCCAACAUCGACACCAACACGUGCAACCUAAUUUGCUAACGGAAAGCUUAAUGCGACCCCCAAGUGUACGCGUCACAGUUUCUAAUUAAUUGUGCAAACUUCACGCACUGCGAGCGAAAUGCUUCAUCGGGUGGUUUACGCGCGCGCGUAAUCGUGGCGUACGUCCUGUGCCACAAUUGAAACUAGCGCCGGCAAAACCGAUCCUCCGAAAACCGCCCACAUAUCUUCUGUUCCCGACACCUAUCCUCCUCCAUCGUGCCAUGCGCACUCCGGAAUGUUCAUCUUCAUACGCGCGCCAUUCAGUGCCACUCGAUCUGUCUGAAAAGCAUGUCUUACAUUGUAGAAUACCCCAACGCGUGUAGGUCAAUAGCCGCGCUGUCCAAACCUCCAUGGACGAAGCCAUUGAACUGGAGCCUUGAAAUGACGAAAGAUGGAGAAGAACAUAUCCCUUUUCACUUGUACAUUCAGUCUGAAUUUGAUCUUCCUGGCUUCUCAUCACAGCACUCGUCGUUUUCAGGUUUCUCUCGGCUUCCGGUAGAGCUACAAUUCCGUAUCCUGACUUUUUGUUCUGGUCCUACCCUCUAUCAGUUGAUGCGGAUUCCCUUUCAUCGCAACGAAGCCGCAAAACUUUUCUGGGAAGAUCCUAAUGCCUACUACGUCAUUAGUUCACGCUGGUUUGUCGACGGCGGACACCCUGGCUUCACAUUAUACGACACCUCUUUCAUGGCUCAUGUGCAAAAUGUUGAGAUCAAAUACAGCCGAGAUUUCAUGAUGCAUUUGUUGCUGAUGAGGGGCACAUCCCCCGCUCCUGAUUAUUCCCGCGGGCUGGGCCGAGAGUUUUGGAACAUUUUCCGAAGGCGAUUCCCGGCUGCAAAAAAGGUGGUAUUCAACCAGACUAGGACUGCACUACUCAACUACGAGCGUGAAUGGGGACCUGUUUGCCCUUUUCUGGGCAAGGCUGUCAGAACAUGUCCCUCUGAUAUUGAUGCCUCGGUUUUUAUAUGGAUGUCGAAGUCAGCUGGAACCCCCCGUCGGAUUGGAAACCCCGUGGUGAACGACUUUCACGGGGUGUUUCAUCGUCCGAUAGAAAAUGGCGAAUGGGAAGGAGUCAUCUCGUCUAGGGUUGAGUGGAAAAGAAUCAUGAUGCCCCCAAAGGACUGCCAAGGUCCAGUUGGUGAAUGGGAGCGCUGGGAAUACCAAGAUAGGAAGAUAACACGGCAGAUAUAUGGCUUAAGCAUUCUUUCGAUCGAAGCCCUGGAUCGCUAUUACUUCGACAAAAAGGAUCCCAUGCCGUUUCAUUGCCCAUUCUCUGGGUGUGAAGCCUAUCUAAGAAAGCCGGGACAGUGGACGCUGCACGCGGCAGAAACCCAUUAUCAACUUUUAUUCAAGCGACGUGAGCUUGACUUCCUCCCAGAUGAUCUACGAAAGGAAUUUGAGGAACGAUACAAAGAACUCAAUCGUCAAAGAGAGGAAGUUAUUAAACACCGCGAGCAGACAAUCAAAGCAUGGGUUAAAGGAGAUAGUGAAAAGAGAGGGCAGAUACAACGCGAGUGGGUGCAUCAAAUAGACCAUGAUGAGAAAUGUUAUACGGGUAAAAAGGGGGUCGAGAGUAUACUCUGGUAUUCAUUCAUGCAGUUAAUGAGCUGGAAAAGGGACAUGGGGGAACCCCUUUUUACUUUCCAUAUGGAGGGCUAG